AUGGCCAGAUUAUUGUACGUUUGUUGCUUAUUUGUACUUAUAACUUUUACACAUAGUAAUGCAAUCCGAGAUGCCAUCAAUGAAGAUAGCAUGCAGGACCCAGAAGACCUAGAUAUUUUAGACAAUGAUGACACUGCUGAAAAGCAAAGUAAAAGCAGAGAAAGACUUUUCGAUUUAGAGUGGUGAAAAAUUUUUAUUGGAGCGCUUCUACUUAUAGCUCUCGUUCCUUUGUGCUGCUGUGUUUGUUUGUGUACAUAUUUAUGCUUACUCCCCUUUAAGAAGGGUAAAAUUUAGAAAAAUAACCCAAAAGGGCGGGCAUAGAAUUUUUUAUAAAAUAUUUUCAUAUCUAAUAUGAAAUUAUAAUAAGACCUCUAGCUAAUUCUAUUGAAAUUUCGACAAAUUGAUAAAAUUUAUUAAUUAGAUUAAAUUUUUAUUUUCAAAUAUUUGCAUUUUGCGCUUAUUUAAGAGAGAGCAAAAAAUUCAUGCUCUUAAAAGUGGAAGAGUUAAAAGAAGAGAAUUUUCAAAGGAAUCCACUUUUAGCUCCAUUAAAAGAAAAUGAACCUGAUAUAUCUAAUGGGGUAAACUCGCCAAAUUAUCUUAGAAAGGUUCGAAGACUUCGUUCACAUCAAGGUACAAUCUCAGCCCCGCCUUAA